UUGACCACACCAUGUCCGUCGCAGCACUAUCCAAGUCGCUGCCCAAGCCGAAAUACUCGGGCCAAGACGAGGAGCUCACCAACAGCACGCGUGUGCUGAGCUCCGACCAGUACGAAGCGCAGGUCGCACGGAAGCAGAAUGGCCCUCCCCCGUACGGCAGCAGGCAAAGCUGGCGGCCCCGCGCGCCCGACGACUUUGGCGAUGGAGGCGCGUUUCCCGAGGUCCACGUCGCCCAGUACCCGCUGGACAUGGGCAAGAAGGGCACACCGUCAACAUCAAACGCUCUCGUGAGACGAGUCGAUGGCGAGGGCAAAACCAAAUACGACGAGAUUGCAAGGCGCGGCCACAGCGACUCGAGGAUUGUGCAGGCGAGCUUCAAGGAUCUCAUCCCGCUGCGCCAGCAGGCAGAUGCCGGCCAGCUGGACCUGUCGCGUCCGAGCCAGGAAGUGGUACAGGCGACAAAAGAGAAGACCGAACAGGCGCUCAUGGCGCUGGUGGCGGGGCAGACUGCUGCGCAGCGACCGAAGAACGUACAAGGCCGAAAAGACGAUGAGCCGACGUUUGUGCGAUACACGCCGACCGCGCAGAUGGGCGAGGCCCAGGGCAAGACGCGCAUCUUCAAGAUCCAGCAGCGACAGAUUGACCCCAUGGAGCCACCCAAAUUCAAGCACAAGCGCAUUCCUCGUGGCCCGCCAUCGCCGCCGCCGCCCGUCCUCCACUCCCCCCCGCGAAAACUGACCGCCGAGGAUCAGGAGAUGUGGAAGAUUCCGCCUCCCAUCAGUAACUGGAAGAACCCCAAGGGUUACACAGUGCCUCUGGACAAGCGUCUGGCAGCCGAUGGUCGGGGCCUGCAGGACAUUACAAUCAACGACAAGUUUGCGCAAUUUGGCGAGGCGCUGCAGGCUGCAGACAGGCACGCACGUGAGGAAGUCAAGCAGCGUGCCAUUAUGCAACAGCGCCUGGCUGAGAAAGAGAAGCUACAAAAGGAAGAGCACCUGCGCAACCUGGCCAAGCAGGCGCGAGAAGAGCGCGCCAAUGCCUCGCAAAGGCGAGCUCGUAGCGAUUCCGAGACAGACUCAGAGGAGGAGGAAGUGCGGAAGAGAAUGGACGCGCGCAAAGAGCGUCGUGAGGAUUUCCAGCGUGAACUUCGCCAGUCGCGAAUGGGCACCGAGCGUAAGAUUCAGAUGCUGGCUCGCGAGCAGAACCGCGACAUCUCAGAGAAGGUGGCUCUUGGUCUGGCCAAACCCACACAGAGCGGGGAGUCCAUGUAUGACGCCCGCUUAUUCAACCAGUCUAGUGGGUUCAAUGCGGGGUUCAAUGAGGAUAACCACUAUGAUAAGCCUCUGUUCGCGGCCCAAGACGCAAUAAGCAGCAUCUACCGCCCGAGCGUGCAGCAAGACGAUGGAGAGGACGAUGGGCAGACGUACGACAGACUGACCAAAACGAGCAAGUUUGAAGUUUUGGGCAAAGCCAAGGAGGGCUUCAAGGGCGCCGACCUACAAGAAGCCCGCGACGGGCCAGUUCAGUUCGAGAAGGACACCGACGACCCCUUCAACAUCAACCAGAUGAUUGACGAAGUCCGGGGCGAGAAGAAGGGCGAAAAGCGUUACGGCAUCCAAGAGCCCGAGGGCAGGACAGCAAAGCGGGCAAGGGUGGAUGAUGACAGCGAUUGAACGGCAUAGCGUAUUACCCUUGGCGUUUGGCAAAUUUUUUUUGGUAUAAAACGGACUGCUAUUGCAGUCUUACAUGAGCAUUGGAAGCGAAUCACAGCGGCCACCCCGUCCCGGCCUUGAAAUUCUUCAAUAUCUGAAUAUGCACCAACCCCCGGAAAACGUGGUGUAGCGAAUAAUGUCCAAGUCUUUUGCAUAGCCAUAUACCGUGUCAAACAGCCAUCGGUCGACCAAACAGCCCCAUACUGCAUGCUGACUGUACCGUAUAACGCCAUUCGCCAUUCGCCAUUCGUCGGCUUCGUCGGGUACCCCAGUUUCGGAUAGUGCACCACAGACGGCUGCUGGCAACUUGCCUUCAUGCUUAGCAUACCAUGAGUCCACAGCCCCG